AUGAACCUCUUGAAAAUUUGGCUAACAGCUGGGGCUCGCGCCUGCGUGGUAGAAGCCCGCCACUCCGGGGGGAAGUGGGAAGGCAGGAAGGCCCGCCCCUUUCCCCGGCUUCAGCGCCCCUGCGGCUCUCCACAGCCCGCUCUCCCAGGUCCGCGAGUCGGCAGUGCGCUCCUGUCAUUACUCAGAGCUCCCCCGGCUCUUCUCGCUGCGUCUGCGCGAUUCUGUGCCGGCCCACGCGCGGGCUUGCAUCCCGGUUGCCGCCCGGCCCCAGCCCCGCGGUUCCCGGCCCUCGCUUUCCCCGUCCGGCCGGCAGCCCGCGGCUUGAGCACCAUGCUCUUCUAUUCCUUUUUCAAGUCCCUGGUGGGCAAGGAUGUGGUCGUGGAACUCAAGAAUGACCUGAGCAUCUGUGGAACCCUCCAUUCUGUGGACCAGUAUCUCAACAUCAAACUAACUGACAUCAGUGUUACAGACCCUGAGAAGUACCCUCACAUGUUAUCAGUGAAGAACUGCUUCAUCCGGGGCUCAGUGGUCCGCUAUGUGCAGUUGCCAGCAGAUGAGGUGGACACACAGUUGCUACAGGACGCAGCAAGGAAGGAGGCCCUGCAGCAGAAACAGUGACGGUUCCUCCCUGUCCCUCUUCUGUUGGUGACCUUGCACCUCAAGUUGCAGCCCAGGACCCCUCUUCCCAUAUUUGAAGGCUUUUCGUCUUUUUUUUUUUUUGUCUUUUUUGAAUAUUGGAGACUUUUUUUUUUGUCUCCUUCAAGGGAUGAGUGGAUGAGAAUAAUAGUGGGGAGCAUCUCUCCUCUGUUGAGGAGGGGAGGAUAAGUAGGCUGGGGAACUGCAGACCUGCCUUGUCCUCAGCACCUGCCUUUCUCACUCCUUCCCUGGAUAUAGUGGGAGAAUCUCCUAGAUCUCUCCAGGACAGCAUGUGAUUCAUUUUGGGGAUGGAAGGAAUCUGUCCCGCAUCGGGAAUAAACUUAUGAUGCACAUUCUA